GCUUCUCUUUUUGCUCUGAUGAGGUUUUAAAUCUGCUUUUUGAUGAAAAACAUGUUUUCUGUGUGAUAGAAAAAUAUAAAGCAGACAUUUAGCAUUUUAGCAUUUCUAAAUAUGCUAAUAUUAAACUCACACCAACUUUGAAAGAAUUGGAAAUCAAAUUCAAGAGAAAGUCUUAAUUAGAUUGAUAAUUCAUAGUGGAUUUAAUAUUCUUGUUUUAACUGGUCAAUAUUUUAACCUUUUCAACAGGAAUUUGAAGAAAAAUGAAGUUUAAUAAGAAAUGUUUAACACUUGGCUUUAAGAUGUGAUAGAAAACAUCAGCUUCUCUGUCCUCAAGGUGAAGUGUCCCCAUGAUGAGACGUCCACAAAGCUGGGAAGAAGGUUAGAAGAUGAAUGUGGUGGUAAAUCGGCAGGAAGAUGAAGAAGAAGCUGCAGAGUGGUCUUCAUCAGACAAACAACAACCAGACUAAACACAAACUGCUUUCUUUAGACAACAUUAACAUCUGAACUGGAAGAAAACAGCUUUAUCUGAAACUCAACAACACAUUUACUGCUGGAUCAGAUUAUUUCAUGAUGUUCAAAUGGAAGAAAAGGGAAAGAUUCAGAUGUUCAUGUUUUUCAGGUGAAGAGUGAAAAAGGAAGUAAUUAUAUAAAUUAAAGUUAGCAUCGUGUGUUUAAAAUUAGUGCAGAAACUAUGACUGCAAAAAACAAACAGGAAUUGAAACAAAACAAAACAUACGUCAUGUUUUUUCCUGAUAUUAGCUGUAGUCUUUAAAGUUAGGAGCAUAAAAAAGGUUGAAUCUAUUAAAGACUGUUUUACAUUGACUAAAGAAACCUCAACAUUUGGUGAGUGAGGAGAAAAAAGUGACUUUAACAGAAAAACAGCCUUAAGGAGGACUGAUGCCACAUAGGAGGCACAGCACCUUUAUCAACCGUGAUGUCAUUUCCUGUACUUAAAGGAAAACUGCCUAAAAUAAGUUGCGAAUAUAUUUAAGCCAUUUAUAUUUAAAACGUCUGUAAAAACAUAAACGGUGAUUCAUGAGGAACAAAUCCGUCAGUGGUUUGAGAUUUGAUGUCAGGUUCAGAUAUUGGUUGUUUGCUGUGAGUCAGUCUCCAGGUUCUGAUGUGGUUCUCCUCUAAAUGCUCCUCAGGUGAAGCUGCUGGGUCUCGACAUGAAAACCCAGACAGAACCUCCAAGCUGCCAUCAGAUAGAGUAGUCCAGCUGGUUCUGGGCUCUCUGCUGGCUGCUGCUUUGAUCAUCAUCUACAGACUCUGUGUUGUUGUUUUGAAGACCAACCAAACUGUAGAAACCCUGAAAGAGGAGAAUGAAGCUCUGAGAAAACAUCUCUCAGUUGAGGUAUGUUUGAAGAAAAGACCAGACUGGGAGAAGUAUGGAGGAUAUCUUUAUUAUUUCUCCAACAAUUCCUCCUCCUGGAACGAGGGCCAACGUUUCUGCAAAGAUCUUGGAGGAGACCUGGUGAAGAUAGACAGCAGUGAGGAGCAGCUGUUCCUGGAGAUCAAACUGAGAGACUUGAUGAAGGAACCAGAGGACAAGUUCUGGAUCGGACUGACGGACUCAAGGGAAGAAGGCAGAUGGUUGUGGGUGGAUGGAUCACCAUUGGAUGAAAGUUUGAUAUUCUGGAGUAAUCUAGAACCUGACAACCAGAGUAAAGAUGGUGCAACUGAAGCUGACUGUGUGAGGAUGGGGAAGAAACAAGGAGCAGAUGACCUAAAGUCCUGGUUUGAUAUAUCCUGUAAUUAUCCUCAGAAAAGUAUCUGUGAGUUCAUGUGUUUGUGAAUGAAGUCCAACCAUGGAGAACGAUCUGAGUCCAGGAUCAAGAAGCUGUAGAGAUGCUGCUUUUAUAAAGAAAAUUUCCAUAGAUAGAAAAACUUUUUAUCCAAUUUGAAUAAAUAACUGAAUCUGACUGCACUGUUCAAUGAUUAGGAUGAAUUGGAAUGUAUGAACCUGACUUUGUGAAGAACCUUGAGACGACAUGUU